GCACCUUGCGUGUCAACCAUGCCAAUCAACCUCUGCAUCCUCACACUCUUCAUCUUCACUUUCCACUGCCAUGGACAAUCCCAAACCAGUCCUGACAGAUCCAUUCUUCUUGAUUUAAAGAAGCAUUUUUUGAAUUCACCAAACAUCUCUCAUCACUGGACUUCAUCAUCAGACCACUGUACCUGGCUGGGAAUCACCUGCCAUAAGGGAUUCGUCACCAAAAUUCAGCUUGGUGGGCUAAUCAUCAACGACACAAUCCCCCCCUUCAUCUGCGACCUGAAAAAUCUCACUCAUCUUGAUCUCAACAACAACAAUAUCCCUGGAUCAUUUCCUGCAUUUCUGUACAAUUGUUCCAAACUUGAAUACUUGGACCUUUCUUUUAACAACCUCAGUGGCAUCAUCCCUGAUAAUAUUAGCCUCCUUUUUCCUCGACUAGAGGUUCUUAAACUGUCUUCUAACUGGUUCGUGGGCGGCGUUCCAGCUGGAAUUGAAGGCCUAAAAGGUCUGAAAGAACUUCAACUAGCUGGACUGUUCACAAAUGGCUCAUUCCCUCCAGAGAUUGGCAACCUCCUGAAUCUUGAAGUUCUUGUUCUUAGCCAGAAUAGUUUCUCACCACAGGAAAUCCCGCCAAGUUUUGCCCAGUUGAAGAAACUGAGACACCUCUGGAUGAAAGAGGCAAACUUGAUUGGCAAAAUCCCGGAAAAUAUCAGCAGCAUGGAAGCACUAGAGUACCUGGAUUUAUGCCAAAAUGAGUUGAGUGGAAACAUUCCAAGUGACUUCUUCCUGCUCAAGAAUUUGACCACGGUUUUCCUCUACACAAACAGAUUGUCUGGGCCUAUUCCCAAUCCAGUUAUGGCAUUGAAUUUGAAUGGAAUUGAUUUUUCUGAUAACAGCUUGACGGGGAGCAUUCCAGAAGACUUCGGAAAGCUUACAAAGUUGGAGGGUUUGGACUUGUUCAUGAAUCAAUUAUCAGGCAAAAUACCAGUAGGCAUAGGUAGAUUGCCAGCACUGUCUUCUAUUCAACUCUUCAUGAACAAUCUGGCAGGUGAACUUCCGCCAGAUUUAGGUCGAUUUUCGAAGCUUAAAGUUUUUGAUGUCUCCACAAACCAUCUUACAGGAUCACUACCACAUGGUUUGUGUUAUAAUAAGGUAUUGUAUGGCAUUUAUGCUUUUGACAACAAUCUCACGGGUGAGUUACCAAAAUCACUUGAGGAUUGCAACACCAUGAGUGCAGUCAGGGUUGAGAGAAACAAUCUUUCCGGUACAAUUCCUAAUGGUCUAUGGACAAUUGGGCCUUUGACAAGGUUGUUGAUUAGCAAUAACCAGUUCACUGGUCAGCUGCCACAAAAAGUGGCACCAAAUUUAUCUCUACUUGAUAUUGGCCACAACCAAUUUUCUGGUGAAAUUCCUGAAGGUUUAUGGACAGCUGAGAAUUUGGAAGUGUUGCAGAUUAACAAUAACCAGUUCACUGGUCAGCUGCCACAAAAGAUGGCAUCAAAUUUAUAUAUUGUUGAUAUUAGCAACAACCGAUUUUCUGGUGAAAUUCCUGAUGGUGUUUGGACAUCUGGGCAAUUGAAAUGGUUGUUUAUUAAGAAUAACCAGUUCACUGGUCAGCUGCCAAAAAGCAUUACAUCAAAUUUAUCUCUACUUGAUAUUAGUAACAACCAAUUUUUUGGUGAAAUUCCUCCGGCAAUCUCUUCUUGGAGCAAUCUAUAUUUCUUCAGUGCAAGCAAUAAUCUCUUAACAGGUCAGAUUCCUCAUGAACUCACUGCCCUUAGAUCUUUAUCGGUCCUUAGGCUUGAUGGGAAUAAGCUUUCUGGAAAUUUUCCUUCAAAUAUUAUAUCUUGGGAGUCACUGUCCACAUUGACAUGCAGCAGAAAUCAACUUUCAGGUACAAUCCCUCCAGCACUAAGUCUUUUAGUAAACCUUAAUCAGCUAGACCUCUCUGAAAACCAAUUCUCUGGAGAAAUCCCGCCUGAAAUAGGUCAUUUGGCUGUAAGUUCUCUUAAUCUGUCCUCCAAUCAUCUCUCGGGGAAAAUUCCAGAUGAAUUUGAAGUUGUGUCUUUUCGAAAGAGCUUCUUGAACAAUCCUGGUCUCUGUGCUACUACGCCCUCAUUAGGCCUCAGGGAUUGUAGAGCAAAAACUGAGAAAUCCAAACUUAUUGCCAUUAUUGGAAGUAUAGUAGCUUUUUUGUUUCUAGUAGCCAUUCUAUAUAUGGUGCAUGUGUUCAAGAUUAGACGAUUGGAAGAAAAGAAAAGAAAAGAAGCAUUGGUUCAACACUGGAAGCUCACACCAUUCCACACUUUAAACUUCAUGGAAUCAGACAUUUUACCAAAUUUAGCAGAGGACAAUAUGGUCGGGAGUGGAGGGUCAGGGAAAGUUUAUGUUGUGGCGUUACGCACUGGAGAAAAAGUUGCUGUUAAGAGUAUUCGGAACAACUACAAGUUGUGUGAGAAGGUGUUUCUAGCAGAAGUUAAGAUACUGGGCACAAUUCGUCAUUCGAAUAUAGUGAAGCUCUGGUGCUGCAUCUCAAGUGAAGAAUCAAAGUUACUUGUUUAUGAAUACAUGGAAAAUCGGAGCCUGGAUCUAUGGCUUCAUGCAAAGAGAAGAUCACCCGGCCAAUUCCUGGAUUGGCCUACUAGGCUGCGCAUCGCAAUUGGAGCUGCUAAAGGCCUCUCAUAUAUGCAUCACAACUGCUCGCCACCAAUUGUUCAUAGAGAUGUGAAAUCCAGUAAUGUUCUUUUGGAUUCUGACUUCAAUGCCAAGAUUGCAGAUUUUGGCCUCGCCAAAAUAUUGAUCAACCAUGGAGACCCCAACACAGUCUCAACUGUUGCUGGCUCCUUUGGCUAUAUAGCUCCUGAGUACUCAUAUACGAAAAAAGUGAACGAGAAGUUUGAUGUUUAUAGUUUUGGGGUAAUCCUUUUGGAGCUGGUGACAGGAAGAGAGCCGAUUGAUGGAGAUAUGGGUUGUGGGCUAGCUGAUUGGGCGCGCUACCACGUUCAAGAAGGAAAUCAAAUAGUGGAUGCUCUAGAUGGGGAUAUCAAGGAGGCAGAGAAUAACUUAGAUGAGAUGUGUGGAGUUUUCAGGCUAGGGAUCUUCUGUACUGGUUCAAAUCCUGCUAAAAGACCGACCAUGAGAAAGGUCUUGCAGAUUCUCCUCUAUUGCAGCCCACCAUCACCAAAUUAAAUGGAAACCAAUUAAGUGUCAGCUGUUAGGGGACAUUAUAUUGGAAGAUGAAGAUGAUGGUUUAAUUUUAAGCCAUUUGUUGUAUUUUAAAACCAUAGGUUGUAUCGACAGAUUAUGUCAAAAUAACAACACUAUAUUACAUAAAUUUUCAAUUUAAUUGUGUAA